CGCGCAGGGGCGGCGCGCACACGAGCCCACCCGGCCGCGCCCGGACAAUAACCGAGACUAUGCGAGCGCCGGAGCCGCCCCCGCGCCGCUUAGCCCGGGCCGCCAGGCCCUAGAAUCGGCCCUGCUGCGCUGCACAGUGCACCGACCUCGCAGAAGAUGGAGUAAGUGCACCCGUGUCGUUCAAUGUCUACGGAAGCAGAAGAGGCUGUUGGAGUUGCGGACAGUUGUUAGCUGCCACGUGGGUGCUGGGAUUCGAACCUGGGUCUUCUGCAAGAACAACCAGUGUUCUUAACUGCUGAGCCAUCUCUCCGGCCCCUACAAACUGCUUUUUAACAAGUGCAAGGACCUGAGCUCAAUUCCCAGCACCCACAAAAGAGCCAGGUGUGGGUCCUGGUCACAGACACGGCGUCCCAGCACGAGCGGCUCCAGGCCAUUGCUGAGAAGCGCCGGAAGCAGGCUGAGAUCGAGAGCAAGCGGAGGCAGCUGGAGGAGGACAGGAGGCAGCUGCAACACCUGAAGUCCAAGGCCUUACGGGAGCGCUGGCUGCUGGAGGGGACGCCAUCCUCCACCUCCGAGGGUGAUGAGGACAUGAGGAAGCAGAUGCAGGAGGAUGAGCAGAAGGCCCGGCUCCUAGAGGACACCAUCGGCAGGCUGGAAAAAGAAAUUGAUGUCCUGGAGUUUGGGGACUCCACUCCAGUCCCCCCAAGGCAGAGCUCGGCAGCCCCCAGCCCAGCCCAAGCCCCAUGUGAAAACCCCACCAGGGAAGAGCCAAAGGCUGAAGUCAUGGUGAAUUCUCAGCAGACUCUGGUGGGCACCCCAAAAGCCGGCACAGAGAAACAAGUCUCCCGCACCCCAGUGAGGACCGCCGAGGGUUCCACCAUGAUGAAAGCAGCCAUGUACUCUGUCGAAAUCACGGUGGAGAAGGACAAGGUGACCGGGGAGACCAGGGUGCUGUCCAGCACCACACUGCUCCCCCGGGAUCCACUUCCUCAGGGCGUGAAAGUCUACGAGGACGAGACCAAAGUGGUCCACGCUGUGGACAGCACUGCAGUCAAUGGCAUCCAGCCGCUGAGCUCCUCUGAGGUAGAUGAACUCAUCCACAAAGCAGAUGAAGUGAUACUGAGUGAGACAGGAUCCAUGGCUGAGCCCCGGGCCCACACUGAGGAUGCGACAAGGACCACGCCAUCUAGGAGGGAGAUCACUGGAGUACAGGCUCAACCAGGAGAGGCCAUGUCUGGCUCGCCAGGUGUCCACCCAGGCCAGGAGCCCCCGGUCACUAUGGUGUUCAUGGGGUACCAGAAUGUGGAGGAUGAAGCUGAGACCAAGAAAGUGCUGGGCCUGCAGGACACCAUCAAGGCUGAACUGGUGGUGAUUGAAGAUGCAGCCACCUCCAGGGAGCCUGCUCCCCCCAACGGCAGCGCCUCUGAGCCCCCAGCCACCCAGGAGGACCAGGCUGGGCCCGUGGCCACCCCCAGUGACACGCAGGACCUAGACAUGAAGAAGCCACGCUGCAGAUGCUGCUCUGUCAUGUGACCCGUUGGGGACACCCCAGUCCCCGCCCCAUCCUCCGCUCCACACACACCCAGCAGCCCGGCCCCUCCCAGCGCCCGCAAGCCCUCACCCUCCACCUCAUGGCCUGGACACGGGACACCUUGGCUCCUUGAUACACCCUGAAUCUGGGAGGGGAGGGCGCUCUGCCCAUCACCUACCCAACACUUACCCCAAACCACAGAGCCAUGGGUCUCCCUUCCCCUAAGGUGAGAGACAAGCUGACCUGCUAAAAAACCCCUGAAAAUAAGCGGGGGAACCCAUCUUCCCCAGGUCACAGCAGGUUUACACAGGGGCUCUCGCCCACCAUGGCCCUGGCUGGAGUGACCCGUGGUGUCCCCCUGCCACCCCAGGCCAGCCUGUCUGUGCCUUACUGCUAUUUUUAGGGAGUCUCUGAGGAGACCAGGAAAGAGGGGCUCUCUGGCCUCUGAAUCGCAGGCAGGCAAGGUGAGGGCACACUCCUCUGGGGGCUCAAGGUCUUGGGAUGGAGGUCGGCCCCUUCUGGAUCUCCCAGUGGAUGGCAGAGCUCAGAAGAGGGUACCUCCCCACCCCCCUCAAUGGGUAUGGGACUGUCACCCCCAAGAUAGGGUCACUGUCGGCAGGGCCCCAAGUCAGCCACUUCAUGUCCCAGGUUCCCACAUCACCCCCCACUGGGCCCUUCUUCUUCCUGGUGCUAAUUUGGGGACCCUAGGGGUCAUCCCCUGCCCUCUUCUCCCAUCGGCUUGGACUGGGGUCCUGAGUUUCCCACAACAUACCCUAGAAAUCAGGGAGUAUGCUGGCCAGCACUGCCGAGCUCCAAGCAUUUCUAGGUAGGCAGAUUUCCCCAACCUUGGGUUGGAGCAAGGGAACCCCUAUAUCUGCCGCCUGGCUGCAUUGUAAGGGGUCGCCCACCUGCAGGGUGGACAGUGGCUGUCUGCUCUAUGCAGUGGCAGCCACCCUUGUCCCUGAGGUGCAGUGAGCCCCAGGCCAGCACAUUCUCACCUCCAGGCCCUGUCUAAGUCUCUGCUUGGGGACUCCAGCCUGGUGAGCAGGGUGCAGGGCCACCACUGAGGACCCCUGUCACCACCCAAAGCUACAGUGGGCGGUGCAGAGGCUGGGAGGAGAGAUGCCCUUGCAGGGGGCAACCGUGGCCUUGGCUGUGGCCAAUGCUGUGGGACCCCAUCCUCUCCCUCCUCCUUUGAGUCUGCCCUAAGCACCCCCCUCCCGCUAAAGUGCUCUUGCUGUCCCCCUUUGCUUUCAUCAUGUGACAAGCCCCCAACUCCCACCCCAUGUUCUUGAUUUUCCCAGAGAGGCAAAUUAAAAAAAAAAAAAAAGU